AUGCCUGUUCUAGCUUUGCAGGCGGGUGAUGUGGAGUCAGAUUCUGAUGAUGAUGAGGAGAGGCUACGCAAGGAAGCUCAGCAAAAGCAGGAUGCCUACCGCCAGAAAACCAUCGACAUGGAGCUGUCAAAGCUAACUGGCAUCAAAGGGGUGCCUGUGCCAAACCGACCAGCACCACCCCAAAGCCCUGGCAGGACUAAGAAAGCCAUUCCAAAUGAUUUUCUGGUGGCCAAGCCCAAGUCAGCACUGGAGCGAACCUUGAACAGCACCUUGGGACGUGCACUAACAAUUGUGGUGACGGUCCUGAACUUCAGUCUUCUUGUAUGGAUGACCACAAUCUGGAACUCACCACAGAUGUGGCUCUCUGGCCAAGCUUUGCCGGUUGCCUUCGUAACUUUCCUAGUUGGCACGCACUUUUAUACGGCUGUGCCAGUUCUUGCUGGCUAUUCUGGGCUGAUGGUCCCAGAGACCGGCGUGGACUGGAAGACGUACUUUGUCCUCUAUCGCAUGUCGUAUUUCACAUCCGUUCCCAGUGUUUUCCUGAUGUACUUUGGCCCCGGAGAGCGCCUGGCCUUUGGGGAGGCUGAGGGAGGCAUCGAGGACAUAAGCCUCACAGAGCUCACGCAAGCCUCCUACAAGUAUUUCCGUGCCUUUGAUGGCUUUGUUGCACUCAACUUGACUAAAGGGAUCACCGAGACCCUGGACAAGACGGUGCACAACCGCAACGUUCCUAGGCGCAGCCGCUAUCGCGAUGCGGAGAUUGUAAAUAACAGAGAGCCCUUCAGCAACGAGGAGGAGCCAACAGUUCCUCCAGGCUUCAUGGAGACCUACCGCAUAGCACCAGUGUUUUUGGAGUGGGUCAUUGAUGAGCUGUCUGCCUUGCUUUUGCUGGAUGGUUGGCCGGAAAGUCGGCUCCCAAACGUGACUCAUGGUUGGUACGAUGUUUGGCCAGAAGCUGGGCUAUUGUUGAAUAAAGUCUUACAGUUUUUUGUGUGUACAUGCAUUUAG